GUUUUCCUCAACCAGAGGUGAAUUGGACAAGAGAUGGAAAGCUACUUAAUGCCGCGAACAAGCUCACCAUUAAACAAGUGACUUAUGGAGACGCUAGUCAAUAUACAUGCAGUGCCAAGAACAGUGAAGGGAAAAGUGAAGCAGCUUUUCAGGUUACAGUUACAGGUAAAUGUUAAUUUUACUUUUUCUCUUCCAGUUACUCUUUUCAUUGUCUGUUGUUUUUUUCCUCUUAUUUCACCUUUUUUGAAUUGUGCUUCUUAAUUCCAUGGCCAGGUCCUCCUGAAAUUAAUCCUCAGCUCAUCAAUCAGUCGGUUACAUACAAUUCGCCUCUUCAGUUCAAUUGCUCUCUAAGCGGUUUCCCUACACCUGAGAUACACUGGACUAGGGAUGGGAUACAUCUUGGCAAAAAGAACACUCUCACGAUUCGUCAAGCGAGGUUUGAAGACUCUGGCGAAUACACAUGUAGCGCUAAAAACCCCACUGGAAGCAAGAAAUCAACCUUUUGGAUUGAAGUGAAAGGAGGUACAGUUCUUAUUCAUAUAAAGGAAAAAGAGUUAUGGUUCAUGAUUUGAACAAAUGUUCAAUUUCGUUACUACAAAAAUUCAAAGGUGAAGACGAUUCUAAUAUUGCAAACCAGAUCUACGAGUUCAAACCACAUAAAAGAGAAAGUUGAUUAAGGAUAAAAAAUAUUUUAAUGAUGCUUUGAUGACAUUUAAAAAACGAGUUUAGAUUAACCGGUAAAUUAAACAUAAUGACAGAACUUAGAGAAAACGUAGAUUCUGAUUGGUCAAAACACUAUCGACUAUUAUCCCGGUAAAACCAUAGAAAACUGAAAAAUUUUCCUGCCCUGCGAAACAACGCCAUACUAAACGAUAUCCCAGAUUUUAAGUUAUCGAAAGCCCUUUGCUUAAUGGAAUAGAGGAGGACGCUUUGAAUGCCGCGAUAAAAACUAAAAAAUUUAUUUUCUUAACAUUUAUCAAGUUUUCUAUUUAUAAAAUUUAGUUUGACUAACUGGUUGCGCCGUUUUAAGCUUUAUAUUUCGCUUUCGCUGCAUCCUAACAGGAAUUUGCUCAUACUUUCACUGUAUGAGCCAAUGGAAAACCAUUUCAAAUGUUUUCCGAGGUUUCCACUUGAGAUUCAUGACUUCCUGCAGAGCUAUAACGCCUACUUUGUUUUCUCAUUUUAACGUUGGGUCUCAUAUUUAUGCUGAAAUUUUUAUUUUAAUUACUGAGCAGCGCCCAAAUCAUGUCACUCGAGGUUUUUUAAGCCCGAGAAUAAAGGUGAGAACAGACUAGCACGGACUCCCCAUGUGACUUUUGUUGUCGAGCACGGACUCCCCAUGUGACUUUUGUUGUCGAGCACGGACUCCCCAUAUGGCUUUUGUUGUCGAGCACGGACUCCCCAUAUGGCUUUUGUUGUCGCGUCGCACUAUAGCCUUAAAAUUAUAUUUUUGCUCUCACGAACGUGAUUUUCCCUUUCUGUACAAGAUGAUCAGAGGAUUUUUAAAGAUAGCUUCCAGCAAGGGCUGAAUCCUAUGUUCCAUCGAUAUUCGUUUUAAAUUUUUAAAUGCCGAGCGGUACGUUGUAACCUUUUGGCUUUUGUGUAUACGUAAGAGCCGAUUGCCUAGAAGCAAAGUUGACCUUCACAGAGACAUUUCUAUGAUGUUUUCUAGGUACCCUCUUGCUUUGAAGCUUUGUUUGAAUUUUAAAAGGUACUCUUCUGAUACUUCUUUCGGAGAGCACAUUUGUUCUAAGCAAUCUGAUUGCUUGGCCUUCAAUGAAACUAUGUUUUACGCCCGGUGGGUGGCAUGUGGUGAAGUGCGUAAAUUGAAAGGUCUCGGUCGGCUUGUAAUGGGUUUUGAUGUCCAAGUUGGAUUUUUUGCGAAUCUCUCUCCUUUAAACACUGUGGUAUCGAGGAAGGCGGUUUUGUUCUCUGAUAUUUCGGCCGUGAAUUUGAUUGCAGGGUGGAAAUAGUUAGCUCGUUUAAUUUCGUUUUUUAAUCUCGUUCUUCCCUGUUUCAAUCUCAAAGGGAAAAAACGUCAUCAAUGUAAUGUUUCCAUUCUCUUGGCCUGGUUUCGCAUUGUUGGAUUGAUUUCGUUUCAAUUUUCGCCAUGGAAAUAUUGGCAAAUGACAUUGCCCAUUUUCGUUUGGGCCAGGGAAGUUCUCCUCAUUGAAUUAAAACAAAUUUUCUUUGAAAGAUUAAGCCAAGCAUUUCCCUGAGGUAAUGCGUUGGGAUCGGUGCGUUAUGGUCGUUGAGCUUUUCGUAUGCUUCACAUAGAAUAUUCGUUCCUUCUUCUUGAGGUAUAUUUGUGUACAAGCUAGAAACGUUCAUUGACACUAGAAUAGUAUCUUUGCCUACCUUUGUUUUUUCUAUGAAAUUGAGAAAAGUGGCAUCCUUCAUAUAGGAUUGUUGCAAUUGCGCUAUAGUCUGGGGCAGUGUCUACACAAAAGAUGAUUUUUUUUCGAUGGGGCCGUCGCAUCCUGAGAUUAAAGGUCUACCGACCAGUAUAGGCAUGUGUAUUAUCGUGAGCUUAUAGAAUACUGGUAUUCUAAGCGGAUUAGGAGUUUGUGAAAGCCAUUUGUUCGUCAUGUCAUCGAUGUGUCUGCCCCGACGCAUUCGGUCAAUGAUCUCACUAACCCUUUUCUGCGUGUUUUUCACCAUCGGCGCUCUGAAAGGUUGUAGUUGUAGUUGUAUUCAUGAUGACUGUUGUACCUUUGUUUGCUUUUUUGAGGUUUAAAACAGAAUUGUUUCUCAACUCUUUUAAAGCCAUAACCUCAUUGCGUGACAAUUUAUUUUUUGGCUUAGUUACAGUAAUCUCUGCAAGUUGUGUUUUGACAUUUUCUUAGUCGCUCUCAUGGGCAAUAGAAGGCUGAACCGGUGGUAUCCAGUUGGAUUUAAUAUGAAACGGAUGUGCUUCUUUGUUUUAUCCGUGAAAGAUGUUUUGGAGGUGCACUCGUCUUGCAAAUUGCAAAUUAUUCAAAAUCUUGCAAGAGUUGUUGUCUAAUUUUACAUUCGUUUGUCACGGGUGUUGGGAUGAAUUUGAGAGAUAUGUUAGGAAUGUUUCAUUUGUCUCCUUUUGUUUGGCUCAAAGCCUAUAUUUUAAAGUGUGUCUACGCCCUUUGUGUCCUAUGCUUUUUUUUAGAGUCAGAGAAUAUGUCAUGUUACCGUUUCAUUACUCGCGCAUAAUUACACCACAUUCAAAAGUUCCCGUAUCAACGCGUGCUUGGGGUGUGAAUAAAUUAGUUCAUCAUGGCUGCGCAUGUGCUUAUUCUUCCUCAAUCUAGAAAAGUAUACUGCUUAACAUGGUGUCAGGACCGUUUUUUACAGCGAGCCAGCUUCUCGUAGACACAACUGCACCAUUGAAUAGCUUCUUCGGCAACAUCUCAAACCUUCACCAACAUUUCACAAUUGCACUAUGCCGAAGCACGGAAAGUCUAUCCUCGAUGUACAAGCCGUGCGACCAGACCGUGACAAUAACCGUCACUGGGAGACCAGAUUUCAUGAUUAAUGUUUACUCGAAGGUUACAGAAACCCCGCUAAAAGCAGAAUCACCGAGAUUGAGGACCAUUACAUCGUCGCUAAGAGACCCUUCGAGUUAGCAAUUCCUUCAACUGAAUGGGACACCUUGCACAUCGAAAUCACUUCUAAGAUAUCGAACGAUGAUGCUGGAAAACACUGAGUUUGGCUUCAAAAAAUCAAAGAAAAUUACGCUGGUGCAUGUAGUUUGAUGCAAGACCGCUACCAAACCUCCAUUUCAACGUAAGAAACCGUUAUACGUACUGCCGUCGGGCGAUGAUCGUUUGGCGUAAACGCGCAAGAAUUUAUGAGGGGUAAGUUUCUCUUCGGUCUCAAUGAAUCCUUCAGUCGCUUCCGAGAAGAUGUAUUUUACAGAGAUGGCCAACGGAAACCGGAGGAUCCCCCUUUCACCCCGGCGUUCGUGGUGAGUCAAGUUAUAUUGAGGCGGCACAACAUACAAACAAGCUUUUGGCUAAUUCUACCACAGAAGAACAAGUUCACUCUCCCACUUCCACGACAGCGCACGAAUUGGUCAAAAAACCUCUGGGCAGAUCAAGACCUGGAACGUUCCUUAACAGAUAUUGCUUUUUAUGUGGCAGCAUGCAGCAACACUACCGCGACAUACGCCCAGCUUCAGGCCACACUUGCAGAUGUUGUCACAAAACUGAUCACUUUGCAGGCUUCUGUCAACAGGUUGCCAAAGAGAACGGAGCCUCUAGACCUGCCUCCCAUACACCUACCCCACCGGGUCCCAGACGGGAAUACAUGAGAUUGGUGGAACAAGAGGAGCACUCCUACACCCUUCCCGUGGAAGGCAUACAGUAUUAGAACUGCUUCACCCUCUUAAGCGAGUAAUCCCCUAACACUGGCGUCCCUACAACGGCCCCACCCUCUGACAAAGGCCAUUUCGCCUGGCUUCUUUUGGAGGAACCGGUCUCAAACUGCAGAGUGCAAAUUCUUUUUCAAAUAAAUUCCGCAGCCUCUUGCAACACUCUUCUAUCCUGCUACUUUUCCAGCAUAUCCUGGGCCAAGAUUCUACCAUCCAAAACUGUGAUUCCACCCUAUGACAGUCCACCAACCAGAUCCAUUGGCCAACUUACCCCCCAAGCCAGUAAAGGUAAAUUCACGAGUCACCUCACCUUCCUAGUCAUUUUCACUGACCAACCAGCCUUACUCAGUACAGAGGCAAGCAUAGCACUUGAUGUGCUGACUAUGCAUGCGGACUUCAUAAGGAAAUGCUCCAUAAGUAACCCUCCCCAACCACUGCUGACUGAACCUGACAGCCAUCAGGAAUCAGCAGCUGGGCCCCCUUUACCACCCCCAGAUACGUCAAUGCGAGUCUGGCCUACACUAAGGACUUGAACUCUGGAACUCAUUUCCAAGAACUGAACCUCACUCUUUCAAGGUCUGGGCUUCCCCAGCCUACUCGUCGAUCUCGACUUGGAUCCAGAUGUCAAACCCAUUCAUGCCCCCAUUCAAUGUGAACCCAUUUCAAAGCUGGAUGCAAUCAAAGCGGCCCUGGAUGCGUAUGAAACCACUGGCCAGCUAGUAAGGGUAUCUCAACCGAGAGCCAAAACCAACCCCAACCAAACCGGGAAAAAUACGGAGCCGCUUAUCACCCCCUUGUCCUUAAGAUCAUCUCUGAUUACCACAAUGUUCACACCAUGGGGUUGCUACAGAUGGACUAGGCUACCAUUAGUCAUAUCCUCUGCAUCAAAAGAACGGCAGCGCCAAAUUCGUAUGGUGCUUGAUGGCCUCCUAAGCUUCGGUAUUACUCAGGCAUCUUAAUCCCUGGCUGCAGCGUCAAUAACAUGGAAGCCAGAAUCGACCACGACCGCAGCCUUAUCGCCGUGCUUGAGGGAUUUGAACAACGUCAUGUCAAGGUAAAUGUCAACAAGAUGAAAUUCCUUAUUUGCAAAGCCACUUUCAUGAGCCAUGUUACCACUACAGAUGGCCUCCAGCCCAACCCUGUCACAGUUAAAGCUAUGAUCACCAUGCCCACUCGAACCGAAAAGCAAGCAGUGCGCCGAUUCCUACGGGAUAUUAAUUACCUGGCCAAAUUCUGUUCCGAACUUAGCAGCGUCACCCAACUUCAUUACAACCUCACCAAAGAGGACAUGCCAUUACUGUGGUCAACAAGGCACCAGGAAGCCUUUGAUUCAGCAAAAGCCCUAGCCACCUGUGCAGCAUGCCUGGCAUACUUUGACGUAACUGCGCCACUGAUCCUUCAAGUGGACGCCUCAGACUAUGGCCAGGGAGCUGCCCUCUUACAAACCAUCAAACCACACAGUAGCAGCGCCCUUGACGAGUCUUCUCUACGACCCAUUGCGUACUGCAAAAGGCCUAAUCACUACCGAAGAGUGCUAUACCUGGCUAUUGUUGAAGCCCUCAACACAUUCGAGGAAUUGCUUUUAGGAAAAUCCAACAGAGUCUAUACAGACCACCAACUCUUUCAGUCAAUCUUCAAGAAGGACCUCGCCUUAGCACCUAAGUGUCUGCAAAAGAUGUUGCUUUUCCUACAGCGUUACAAUUUUACUAUUGUGUAUAGAAAAGGCUCUCUCUUGAAUUUAGCAGACGAUCUAUCCCGAACCCAUGUCAAGACGAAGCCGUCAACCCAUCCAUGUCGGACACCUUCCCAGUGUUUCACGUUCAUCUUGCUCGCUUGGACCCCAACCCACUGGCCCUCACCAAUACCACUCUCGAGUUAUGUUUUUGCUCUCAGAAGCGUGUCUCGAUAAGUUCAUAGCAAACCCUUCGGCAUCGCGCCAAAUACCAAAUUAAUGAGUUUACCGUAACCAAAUGUUAACUUGAGCAUUCGAAGUAAUUAUAGAGAAAGGUAGAAAUAGAGACUGCACCACUGUCUUACAUACUUUAUUUGGGUAAAUGAUCCAAACACGUCUUCUAUGUUAGUUUAUCAAAUGUUUUUGUUUAAAACUUUGUAAGUGGAUGGUGGCUGGAGUGAGUGGAACUCCUGGAGUAUCUGUACCAAGCCAGUUGGUGGUAUACAAACCAGACAGAGAGAAUGCGCCAAUCCAGAACCAGCAUAUGGCGGGAAACACUGCGAUGGGACCGGAGCACUGCUGAGAGAAUGUAGCAACAUGUCCAGUUGCCAAGAAGGUAACAUACAAAUUGCAGCUUUUCUGAUUUCAAUGGAUGAAAACUUCUUUGUUGAAACAAAAAAGAACAAAUACAGGAAUAAAAGUUAGAGUAAGAAAAAAUGAAUGGAACUUCUGAGUUUUAACUUUAAUCACAUAAUCAUCCAGGCAAAGUAUAUGAAAUGCUCAAAUUAUCAAAAGUCAGGAGUUCAUUAUAAGUCAGAAAUCCUUCAUGAAUGCACAAACUCUAUACCUGUACGGAAUUCACCAUGCUUUUCCUUAAAGAAACAAAACAAAUCUUCAUUAUCAUUUGUACUACAAUAGGUAAUAAAUUCUUGGCACAAGUUUUCGCUGAUAUUUGUGGUCACUCUGUAAGAGGUCUGCACUAUAUGCAUAAUGGCGAUUACGAAUUUCUUUUCGUUGCCCGUGAGCAAUACCUUUCUAGUCAAGCCGGUAAAGCUAACUAUCAUCUACUGACAAGAAAUAUGUUUGACAAUGCGAGGGCCUCAGUUUUGGCAUUGACCAGCUAACAAAGAAAAUCAUUUUAGCUAAACAGGAAAUUCUUCCACCAUAAACUGAAAAGAAAUCUUUCAGUAAUGCAAGGACUACUGUUACUAGGUAAUUAUAUGGCGACAUCAUCGACACAAGAAUUUACCUAAGCUUAAUUAGUCCACGUUGUUUACUGUUAUCCUUAUUUAUCUAUUGUUUUUUUUUAAUAUUUGAAGAAUUUCCCCUGCGAUUUGAAACAGAGAAGAACCCAUCUGUCGGUACAAUGAAGAUAUUCUCAAACAGCAGUUGGCAAAAGCUUUGUACCAGUCAAUGGGAUGAAGCAGAUGAAAAUUCAACCUGCAUGGCCAUGGGCUAUUAUGACAACGGCGUCUUUGCUAAUUACACGUGGUACGCAGAACGUGGCAAUGCUUCAGAGAUGUCCACCGACUACAACUGUACCAUUCCGACCAGAUGUCAAAACAACUUGGAAAAUAAACAACAAAUUUGCAAAGGUAAUAAUGAAUUGCACUCAUUUAAUAUCCGCAUGAUCUCCAAAGAUGGUAACUUGAUAGAUUUACUCACACUCCGGUGAUUAAAACUUUCCCGAGAUCAAUGAUUGCUCAUCUUCGGGUAUCUUUAGGUUCUAAAAAGGUAUGUAUCGCUAAAAAUCUGGCGGGUUUGUUUACGCCCUAGGGCGAUUACAGUUGAAUUGCUGCCGAAAGAAGAACCUAAAUGCGCAGUUAUGCAUUUCGGUUUCAUGAACUUCACAACCUCCAAACCCUUCACUAAGUUUCCUUAAAACUUUAACAUCCCUCUAGUUUCCUUUUUUCUCUCUCUUUCGUGAAACUAAGGAAUUUUACAAUUUUCACCCUACUUAUACUUAACUAAAUGCCUUUUUCUUGAUAAUUGCAUGAGAAAUGCUUUAAAAAUGACGUUCUAAUUUAAAAUGUAAAUCACCCUAUUGUGUUCGCCGAAAGUAAACGCUUUUAGGCUAAGAAGACACGUCUUGAAUGUUCCAACAUUUUUUUAAAAAAAAUCUUGUUUCACAAUUUAAAGUACAGUCACGAAGCAAUGUAAAAGAGGUUCGUCGUAAAACAUCGCUGCAAGGAAACUAUGUAAAUGUCGUGAACUACAUCGGACAAAGAACGAUACAUCCAACGUUCGAAUACUGAUUAAUUUACACCUAGAAUUUCCCUUAAAACUAAACACUUAGACUGGCAUGAACUAUUUAUCAUUUCGUGAUUUAAAGGCAUUCUUGAUUCUUGAUAACCAGUAUUUUCCAUCUUAAUGGAUUAAAAUUUUUGUAAUUCCUUAAGUUCCUGUUCGCUUGAAUGGCGCAAAUGUGGAGUAUGGAGGAAGAGUGGAAGUGUUUUACAAGGGGAAAUGGGCAAAGAUAUGUAGGAAUAAAUGGGACUUUAAUGAUGUCAAAGUUAUUUGUCGUCAACUUGGCUUUGAAGAGGCUUUAGCGGAAUUUAUUGGGUCAGACAUAAAGGCUGAGGGAAUACCUUUUGCAAUGUCCGAUGUCUCUUGCGCUGGAGAGGAGUUUGAACUUGCAUCAUGCGAUCGCAUCGAUGGAAAGUUAAACAUUCCACCUCAAUGUCAAGCGGAUGACAAGGGUUCUCAAGCGUUGUGUCAACCAAGUAAGCAACUAAAUUUUUAGGUCUGAUUAGUUAUUCUGAUUUUCGUGAUUGUCUUUCUUCUUCCCACUGACCUUCUAAAGUGGAGGGUUAGGGUUAAGGGUGACAUGACUUGGUUUAAGGGUAACAUGAGUCGACUUAAAAUGACUUAGAUGAUUUUGAUUUUAUCAACCGAGUUGAUAAUGUAAAUUUGCCCCCGUAAAGAGUUUCAAAGCUAAAUUUCGAGCGUUAGCCCUUCGUCAUGGCGGGUGUUAUACUCCCCCACCGACGCAACGCCACAGUUUCUUUAAGAACUUACCCUCCUUAUAGAUGAUUCAACUUGGUCUUGAGGUGAAAUGAUGUUAGCUAGGGUGUACAUGACUUUCAUGAAGGUGAUAUGAUUGCUCAUAAGAUCACCUGACUUCAGUUAAGGGUUACCUAAUGGCUAACAGUAUUUUGUUUGGAGUAUUGUAACUAAGUUUAAAAUACGACAUUGUUAAAAACAUUUCUCAAUUUAAGCUUUAGCACAGGCAAAUAUAUUCAACUUUUCUAUCUCUUCUUGUAGUGUUUAGUACAAAAAAUUUGAUUUAUUUUGAUAAAAUCUUCUAAACUGAACUAUUUUUUUUGCAGAAAACCAGAAAGUGUUGAAAAGAGAUGAACUCUAUUUUGAUAUUGGUAGCAAAGAAAAGCUUCACUGCUCUAUACACAAUAAAACCAAUCAUGCUAGAUGGGUCAUCAAUAGGCGAAAGCUUGAAAUAACAAACUCUACUUCUGAAAGGAUCAGGGCUGAAGACAAUGGUGAUCUGUUCAUUGAUGACGUGCAGCUAUCUGAUGGAGGAAUAUAUGAAUGCCAGAGAUUGGAAUAUGUUCAAUAUUACAUUGUCUACAUUAAUGGUAUGAAAACACAUAUUUUUAUCUUGUAGAAAUAGGCUUAACAUGCAGGACAAUGUCAUGUAAGACAAGUACACUUCUGACCUUUUGAAAGUGUAGCUAUUGUAUUAGUGCUUUUCGUUACUCCUUUCAACAGCAAGAUUUACUGAGAAGACGUUGGACCAACAAACCUUUAUUGCAUACACGUCUGGCGUUAUAGGCUGUAGUGCUGAUGGAGCACCAAGUCCACAGAUUUCUUGGAGUAAGAAAGGAGGAAAAUCCUUAGACCCAAAACGAUUCACUCCAGUAUCCAACGGCAGCCUGCGUAUUGGUUUUGUAAAGCCUGAAGACAAUGGAACAUUCACCUGUACCAUGAAACAAACAAAAGGACCACAGAGGGUCACAAGCAAAGAUAAAAACAUACUAGUGUCAGUUAUAAGUGAGUGACCAAUGAGAUAAUAUAUAGAAAGUCAUAAAGUCAGUUCUUCAAAUGUAAUGCAUUUAAUUUACUCAGUUUCAAAACCUUUUUGCCGUUCAUAUCCGCAGCCAUGUGAGGCGACAUUUUAUCGUGAAUGUGUUCGUUGAUUAUAGUUGUUUGAAAGUAGGGUGUCAUGUUAAAAGAAAUUAUACUUUAGUUAUUUAUCAACAAUAUAGUCUCCUCGUCAUAACUCAAAGUAAGUGCCCUUUGAUGAAGGUUAUAGUUUCUUUUCAAACUGGUAAUGUGCUUAAAAACGACUUCGGUUGGUCAUGGUGACGAAUUCACUUUCUGAAUACAGUAUAAUCAUUUGUCUCGCCAUUAAGUUACUUUGGAUGUGGAUGGCGACUUUUUGACUGCAUAUCGCGUUUUCGUGCUAUAAGGUCGGUAGAUAUGCAUGACUUUAUGAAACACUCUGUUUGACAGUGAUUGGCUAGAAUCCCACACCGGCCUCGAUUGGCACACUUUGACCAAAUGUUCUUUCGGAGUCCACUGUCGCAAAGUUAUUAUGUUGUGUUUCUUGUGGUCCGCAUCCAUGUUUCUGGGAUGUCUACCCCAAUGUCCAAUUUAUGAUGUAACAUGCGAAGUCUUACGUGGAUGGCCUCUUUUACCCUGCGUGUAUAAUAAUAGGAUCACAAUCAAUAUACUCUACUUCAGUCCAGAGUAAGUGGUUUCCAGGCGUCUUCGGAAACUGCAGAGGCCUUUGUCUUAGCAUGUCGUUUCUCGAUCUGCCAUAUUACUCGUUUAACCAUUACUUGCAUAGGUCUGCCUGUUCCGCUGAUGUAAACUUUGCCUUACUGACGGGGAAUCUUGUGCCACGGAUGGCGAGUGUGUUGUUACUAUUUGUAACAUCAGUGAAGUGAAUGGAAUGCUUUCGGUUCUUCAAAUGCUGUAGCAAGCUAUCAGCGUUUUCGGGAACCAAGAUUGUAGGAUGAUAAGGUUAUCGAUUGCUCCUAUAACUCUCUAUGUGGGGAUUAGCAAUAAUAGCUGCACCCUCUGUCUUUCGUAAACUGGUCCGAGAUAAUAGGAGUAUAUAGACCUGACAGAUGAUUAUAUUUCAUAUCAAGCGCUAGUGUCAUUUUCAAAUGUUUAUUUAGUUACGGCGUUUAACGUGUUCAGUGUAAAUGAUAUUGGAAUACCUCCGAUUUUCCAAGGACAUGUUAUUUAUUUACCUCUUAGUUCGACCAAAAGUGGAUAUUUCUGGAGCAAGCAAUCUCAUCAUAGAAGGAAACAGUGUGAACUUGAUGUGUAAAGUUGUGGAGGGUCGGCCUGAACCUCAGAUCACCUGGUUCAAGAAUAAUACAUUGCAAGGAAAGAGUUUGUCUCUCUUCUUUUCUGAGAUAAAAAAGGAGGACGAAGGGCGGUACACUUGUAAAGCAGAGAAUGCAGCAGGCUUUUCCACCAAAGACAUUGACAUUUCUGUAAAGGGUGUGUACGUCAAGUGUACAGUAAUUCUUCACACAACUUCAUUAGAUAUUUAUUGCGAAGAACUGGAAAAUCUUUACACUUGUUCUUUUGUUCCUGCUCUAAAAAUAUGAUGGUUUCGUGCCUAAGCUAGUAAUUUAGCCUGACUAACAUGGUUUUUAAAAGCAUUUGUUUGAUAUGAUAAAAAAAUUGUUCAUCGUUUUCUUUUUUAAAUUGUUAGUUAUUAAUUUGUUUAAUUUUUUUUUUCUUUUUGCGGGUGGGGGGAGGGGGGGCCCGUUGGGUGGCUUCUAAUUUUGUAAUUUGUAUUUAUAUGCUUACUUUGCAGUUCCACCCCGUGUUACUGAUGAGCUUAGAAAUCUCACCAUUGCAUUUAACUCCACAUUUAUAAAAGAGUGUUAUUUGAGAGGUGAUCCACAAGUAUCUGUCAACUGGACCAAGGAUGGAGUGCCACUUAAUAAAACCAACACCUUAGUUAUUAGACGAGCGACGUUUAAAGAUAAAGGCUAUUAUGAAUGUACUGCUGAAAAUGAUUAUGGAAAAGCAAACUCUUCCUUCUGGAUCGAUGUCACAGGUAAACUCUAUAUUUUAUUUUAUGUCAUUUAUCAAACUUAACUUAACAAAGCGUUUGUUUGUUUUUAAGCUUAAGCCAAAUUUAAAUAGACCUAUUUUUUUCUUUCUCUUUUCAUCCUUUUCCUUUAAGAAUGUCGACGACCAAGGAACUAAGAAGUCAUGAUCUUAUCAUACAUUUUCAUUAGUGUUAAAGAUGGUUCAUCAACUUGGCUUUGAAUGUAUCAUUACCUAAAUAUUAAGGAUUGAAGUUGGAAAGAGAUUUUAAAUGAACAUUCUUAUAACUUGUUUCAAAUUACCAACAUUAGUACUCUUUUUCUUUAGAAAAGGGUACCUGAUCACGUACAGUUGAUUCUGACUUACACACACCCAGAUUGUUAUUGAAGCUAAAUCCGUGACCAAAGAAAUAAUUAAAAACACCUCACGCUAUUAAGGAAUUGCAAAUCCUGUGGUCCACUCUAACAUUUUUAUCCGUGAACUCAUAUUAAAACGCUAAACGUCAAAUGACACAUUUCCUUUUCUUUUUUUGAUUUCAGAAUGCAAAUGUUUUACAUUGUUUUGAUCAUCAUCGCCUAAUAACUUUUCCAAUUCAAUAUAUACUGUUAAAAAAAGGAAACUAAUAGUCACCCAAAAGGUUGAAUGUUAUUGGGACAACUGGGACAACUUAAGGGCAAACAAUAUCUUUUUAUGCUGAACGCGAAGUUGCGUUUUUUGUUUUGAUUGGAUUGGAUAAAUGGGGUUCAACUGGACUACGCGAACCUUGCUAACUUUGGAUUUUUUUUAAUUCAAGUAUCUCCUCAGAUUAUAGAGCCUCCGAUAAACCAGUCUGUUACUGACGGAAACUCUGUGAACUUCAGUUGCCGAGCCUCAGGUGUACCAACACCAACAUUAGUCUGGGUUUUUAAUAAUGCUGACCUGCCAUCUGAUAUCAAUCAAUUCAAUCACGAAGUAGAAUCAUUCCUGAAACUUUUAAGCGUCACAAAAGGGAUGGAAGGGACUUACAAGUGUAAAGCGAAAAAUAAAGCAAAUACCAGUAUUUCUUCUGCAACACUGCGUGUUUACGGUAAGUUUGAUGAUAAUGACAAUAACGAUGAUGAUGACAUUGACCGUGACGAUGACGCCGACGAUAACCAUGGCGAUGACGAUGACGUAACGCUGACACUGAAAUGAUGCUGACGAUGAGGGUGACGAACGAGGACCAUGAUUUUAAUCAAUUGCUUUUUUCUUAACGUAGGAAAAGCCUCUGCUCAAAUUGUUCCAGAUCAGUAUCCAGCACUCACAGCGGGAGACAACCUCACCUUGACCUGCAACGUCAACGAAGAAACAAUAAAUGUAACUUGGAAAAAAAAGGGAGACUCACCACCCGAAAGAGCAAAGAUUGAUACACGAUUAAAUGCCGGAAAAAGUACAUUUGUUAUAACUGAAGUUGUGAAGGAGGACAGUGGUGUGUAUUCUUGUGAGGCACGUAACAAGCUCGGUUUUCUUGCCCGUUCCUUUGUAAAAAUAAACGUCAAAGGUAAGCUGGUGUUACCGCUGUGUCUUUAAAAAAACAUACAACUUUACCGAUUAAAAAAUAUAUUUUCAAAUAGAUUAAAGCUAUUUUUCAGUUAAAGACGAAACAAAUAUGGGUCGCCUGACCCAUUUACAUGAAAUUUCCUUGCAUCGCUCUAUGAAAUUCAGGUAUUUCGUUUUCAAGAGCAGGUGUCAAUCACGGGUUAGAUAAUGUACCAAGUUCUUCCAAAGCUAUUCCAAACAACUUGAAUUCUAUUAGUACUUUUACUACCGUCGAAAUUUGUCUAAUGGCCACAUAUUUAUCUUACACAAUUAGCUAAGCAAGAGCCACGAGCCAUGCAAAGUUUCAACACUUUGUGGUAUUACAUUGGUGGAUCAGUGGCAGCAGCGAUUGUCAUUUCGCUAAUUGCCUGGUAUUUCUGCAAGCGUCGAAGGACAGGUGACGUCCAUUUUUCUUUAUUAUUUCAGAUUUCUUUGUCUGAAAGUAAAAGAAGGAAAUGUUUAAACUUAUUUUCCAUGUCUGCUGGGGGGGCAUGGGGGAACACUGAGCUAAGAGUCUCAGAGUAGAAAUAUCUUUAUAAGAAUUACUUGCGCGCGGCCAAAAAAAUGCUGAUUGUAAAUUUUUUCCACAUCUGUAUAUGGUAUCAUCAUUACAAUUUCCAUUACUGUUAACAGUGUUUUAAUAAUAAUUUUAAAUUCAGCAAAUAUCACGUCCCUCCUAAUUUGUGUAAAUUCAAAUUAUACUGCCAUUACACAGAAAUUCUUUUAAAAUAUUCGAUUUUAUAAAUUAAUAUAAACUUUUACCUUCUUUAUCUCCUUUAUUUCAUUAUUUGGAAUUACAGCUUUGGCUCUGUAAGUCAACUAUUUUACCUUUUAUUUAUCAAAUUAAUAAAAAAAAACACCAUUACCUUCCUCAUGGGUCACCAUCUUGCACGAUGACGAUAACAAAAAUCAUAUCGCAGUGACUUUACAUUUAUCGUGUUCAUGAUGCAUUAUUAACAUUCAUCAAGUGCUGUUAGAAUCGGCUUCAUUAGUUCCUUUGUUUAAUUUUUUUUUAUCUCAGUAGUAUCUUCUAUCUAUUCUCGGUUUGAUUAAUUUAUAGAUUUAUGCUUUGAAAUGCACGUAAAAUUUUCUGAUUUUAAAACCAAGUGUUUCUUGUUUAAUUUUAACAAACGACGAAGCUAUUAUUGAACUUCAUCCAAUUGACAAAGUGUACUUAAAUAACAAUAACUACUGACAUGUUUUGUAAUAAUUUAUGCUCCUGGUUUAGUAAAAACAUUGUUUUCCACUAACGGCAAGAGAGAUUAUCUCCCCAAUCAAUUUUUUUCGUUCUGAUCUCUCUUUUCUUUUUAUCACCUUUCUUUGUUUUGAACCUGAAAGUAUACAAUGUUAAUUUCCAAUAUUUAGUCCUGACCAAGAGCAGGCAAUUCAGAUGGAGCCAUUGAAUGCAGAGGUAGAUGAGUGGGAGGUUGCGGUUAACCGUGUCCUGCUUCAAGACGUUAUCGGACGAGGGGCGUUUGGAGCCGUGUGGAGAGCUCUCCUGAGUUCACCAAAUGGACAACCUGGAAAUCGGACAGUGGCCGCCAAAUGUUUCACACGUAAGCCUCCUACUAUUCGUUGUAUUGAUACAUAUGUUGAUCUCAGGGGCAGGUAUAAAAAUGUUUUAUUUGGGGAGUAGCGGGGGUGAAGAGUGGUCCAAAACUACUUCUUGACCAACGCACACCUCUCUCUUCUUCACUCAAGGUUACGCGUGGGAAAAAAAGAGAAGGCGAGGGAGGGGGGGAAGGGAUGGAGGACAAACAAACAUAUAAGAUAAUCAACCAGUUUGGCAGCAAAAGUGAUUCUGGCAUUGCAGUGAUCCUGCAAUAAUUCUUGUUUCCAACAGGGGGGUGAGUUGGGCAAUCUCCUAGCUUAGGGGAGUGAGUUGGGCAACCUGCUAGCUGCGAAAAUUAUCAUCCAAAUGGUAAUAGGAACAUGCAAAGUUUGUAGCUCUACCGGAUUCUUUCUGGCUUGAACUUGUAUGGAAUCAAUCAAUUAAUGUAUUAAUCAGAAUGUGUCUCCAUUAAUGUGUACUUUUGUCGUAGCCACUGCUGGAGAGGAAGGAAGGAAAUGUUUAAUGAGAGAAAUUGAGCUGGGGAAACUUAUCGGUGAAAACGUUUCGCCAAACAUUGUAAAGUUCAUGGGCUGCGUUACGACAGAAAGUAAGUGCUAAGCGUACAGCAUCUUUUCUAGGUAUGUGUUAUUAACGAUACUACAAAUGCCUCUUAAGAUGAGUUUCGUGACUAGGAUGUUAAUGAAGCCAAGUUUGUCUUUUUUUGUGUGGCAACCAGACUGUUUUUCUUCGAGAGCAUGCAUCCAUCGACAGUUCACUAAGAUCUCAGUCGGAUAGCUUGAAAUCUCGUUAACGGGGUUGUGCGGCUUUCUCCCUUUAACCUAUAGCAAAUUUUUGAAGGUAAAUUCUGAUGAAGGUAGAUCCUAAAAGAAUGAGUCCUGUAAGCUAAGCUGCUUCAUAGAGAAAGCCAUCAGCAAUUUUAUGUUUGAUAUACAAUAAGGAACCUUGACAUGGGGUUUAUUUGCUUUUCCUCUUGUUUUACGUCACUUAAGUUCACCCCAUACUCAUCAUGGAGUACUUGCCAUGUGGUGACCUACUUGGUUACCUCAGAAAAUGCCGAGGAGUGAGGGAUCGAUAUUAUCUUGGUGAGGGAAGAGCUCAGGAUUUGAACAACUACGAUCUCGUGCUGUUUGCCAAACAAAUCGCUGCCGGCAUGGUGUUCCUUGGAACGCGAGGGGUAAGUGGAAUACUUGUCACGUGUCAAGUCUAACUCAGGAAAAUCUAUCAGAGAUUUAAACAUUUUAUUUUUCAAUAGCUCGGAUUUUGGCCAACAUUUACGAGUGCUUUUGAAUUAGAUAAACCUCUUUCUUGGCAUUAGAAGGUCACUGCAGAUGUCAAAAAAAAAAAGUGAGCCAGACGACAUGAGAAUGAGGUUCAUAAUAAUUCGGUUGCUCAGCCUAAAAAAAUCCCAGCUUUGCUUAUCUGGGAUGUUAUAAAAUUAAUCCUAGAAGAAAUUUCCAUGCACCUGUCAAAGAUCGAGUGUGCGCUGACGGUUUGUUUUGGCUAGUCACGUGUAGUGUAAAUCAUCUGCGUUGUAUAUAUAUAUAUAUAUAUAUAUAUAUAUAUAUAUAUAUAUAUAUAUAUAAACUUUAUUGCAACACUUAAAAAAAAACAAAGGAAAAAAUAGAACUCCCUAGAAAUUUGUAAAAGGAAACAAAGGUAAAGAGAAAACCAUCUUGUCUUUUUAUUUUUUGGAACACAACGGGUCCUCUGUUGCUUUACCAUUUCUAAAUUUCAUUUCAUUAUCAUAAUUAUUGUGAUUAUUAGAUUAGUUAUUACUAUUAUCGUUCUCAUUGUUAUCGUUAUCGUUAUUUUUUCUGUUAAAAAAAUUAAUUUUUUUCUGAUAAAGAAAGUAGAAAUCUUGGUUUUGUCAGCAUUAAAUCAUUACAUAGGGCUGCCUUAGUUUUAGCUCUUUUAUUGUUCGAACAUCCUCAGACAUUUGAUUCAGCGGUGUGCUGUAUAAACCUAUCGUUUCUUAUCAUUUAUAUUCUGGGUCCUUGUCUUCUGAUAGAUCAUCCAUCGUGACCUGGCAGCUCGAAACAUUCUCCUCGAUAACAACUAUGUUUGCAAAGUGACGGACUUCGGUAUGGCAUAUCAAAGCUUCAAGUAUGGCCAUGGAAAUGCCAAAAAGGUAGAAAACACUUUUUUGUUACUUUAGUGGGGAAACAAGUUGUAAGCAUUAGAAUAUUCUCUGCAUAAAGUUAAUGUACCUCUACUACCAACAGGGUUUCAUAGCUCACUUCUACUUACAAGAAAAAAGCAAAACAAAGCAGAGUUAGAAAUUAACAGAAUAAGUACUCUAGCCUGGGCACCGGGAUAUGUCAAUUUCACUAACGUUUUUUUGUAGAAAGUCUCGUAAAAGGAGUUACGUUUUCUGUUUUCCGCGACAGCUUUACGAUGGCUAACAUUGAAUUGACUUAUUAGGGAACGACUAAUAUAGUUUUUUUUUUUCAUAUUUUAACAUAUUUACGUUAUGUAGCUUCAUAUUUUUUCAAAGAUGGCUUUGAAAAAAAUGUACAUAUGCUUUGUACGGCAAACAUUUAUUGGUUUUUUUUCUAGGGAUGUUUGCCAAUCAAAUGGACGGCACCAGAGAUUCUGCUGGGAGAACUUGCUGGACUUUCCACCUUGAGUGAUGUGUAUGUAUAGAUAUGUAUAUUAAUCCACCAACCUAACAAACUGAUUACUUUUGGAUUUUCUUCAUCAUUUCACGUCCAAAAUUCACUCAGCGAUUAACUGUAGAAUAUUUCUGAUAUGCUCUCGUCAGGUGGUCCUAUGGAAUCGUUCUGUAUGAGAUAGUUACCCUUGGUAAGCCAAGCUAUGUUCAGUCAAUACAUUUAACGCUUAGGACAGAAAUAUGCAAGCGCUAUAGAAGUAAUACCAUUUUUGUUACUAUUAUUUUAAUAAAGAUUUGUUUUUACUUACUCCUUAGCCAUCCAUCACUGUAAAAUUCUUUAAGCUAAUUCUUCAGUUCUCAUGUAAUGUUCCGUCCUGUAAUUUAGUUGUGACACGGUCACUGUAGAGUUCAUAUAUUAAGAAAUGUGACAUGCACUUGUUUUUAUCCUUUGACAGGAGGAAUUCCGUACGACGGAUGGUCAGAAGGCAUGGUGGUUGCAGAGGUCACAAAGGGAUAUCAGAUGCCAAAGCCCGAUCAUGUUGAUAAAAAACUGUGAGUUGCACUUUUUAAGAAUAAUACCAACGUGUUCCUAAAAAUAACUUAAGAUCCAAGACGACACAUUUACCGUUCUCAUUGAUGAAAUCUUUGCAAUAAAGCAAUUGGAACACAAUCAUAUCAGUAGGUUUCCGUUAUCUGAAUGUGAACCAGCAGCAUACCACACUCAGCUGAGAUACGGCGUGGACAAUUAUGACAUCAAAAUGUAUUUGAAAAACAUCAGAGCGGGUGAAGAAGUGCGAUAUUUUGGACGUCCCAGAACAAACUUGAACCAUUGCCUACACUAUUUUCAAUAUAAGGACAAACCUGAACCAUUGCCUAUACUAUUUUCAAUAAAAGGUUCCUGUAGGAGGACCUUAUUGGUAUUCUUUGCACAAUCCAUAAAAAGUUAGUUAAGAGUAGACCAUCAUUGUUAAAUUUCAGGUAUGAUAUCAUGAAAAGGUGCUGGAAUCGUAACCCUGACUUCCGUCCUCCUUUUGAAAACCUGCGACAAAGAAUGGACACAUACAUUCGUGAAGAGGUUCGUUUCUAGAAUUGACAACUUCCCAAUAUUUUAUGCAUUUUAAAGACUCGAAAACUUUUCAAACUUCUUACCUUGCCUCCAUGGGGCAAAUACUUGGUAGCCUUGGUUUUAUUUCCGUUCGCUCCAUAAAAGCCUCAGCUGAGACCAGUCAUAGUUCUGGUAGAGACAUUUUCCAGCCCGUCAGGCCAUUUACGAGCAUUUCCACUUGUUGGCUGCUUCUGAUACUUACGGCGGUUGUAAUCGUCCCUAGGGCAUAAAUCUACUCAGGUCUACCCACCUACCUGCAACUUCUCUAUUUUCAGAGAGGAAAUAAGGAAUGCACUUAGUAUAUCCGCGACUUUAAACCAAAGAGAUUCUCAGUAUGCCGGGGAAGUGAUCGCACUUUACAGCUUGACUUUACUGUGUUGUAACGCUAUGCGGCUAAUGUGUAACUCUCAUUUGUUACUUUCUUUUAAGACAUAUUUGGAACUUCUUGACAUGGGUGCUUAUGACAAGGCAAAAUACUCCAGGGUUGAAGAUCUCGGAGAUGAAGAUGCAGGACCAAGUGAGGAAGUUGCAAAGAAGACCUCAGCUAAGAGAUUGGGAAAAUGGGCCAGUGACCGUCGUUAGGGUACAUAAUCGUCACUUCUCGGUGCUAAACUAAGUGUAGGUUUGUGUUGGUUAAAUUUCUCUCCCUAUAAUUAUUAGAAGAACAUGUGAAAGCUUUGUCCUUGAUUGACAAAAUGAUAAUAAUAAAAGUACAAGAAACUAAUUAAUUAAUUCUUAAAGAAUGCCUAUAAUAAAUAAUUUAAUCGGUGUCAGAAUAAGGAAUAUUGGAUAGAUAUGAAUUAAACUUCCGUAAUAGAUUAAAUCAGAAGAGAAAGAAAGAAACAAGCAAAAAACAACCUACUUGAAAAACGGCUCGUUUAUGCCGAUAGAUGUACUUGGCGAGCUUUUCAUUGUUUUAUUGUGAAACCAUUUACUAAAUUUGUUUGUGGCAGACCUAGUAAGAGAUCUCCUAACAGCGAUAUGAAAUUUGGUAAAAUUUUGUAGUUUGGUAAUGAAUUAGUCGUGUGGUAUUAACUAGCAUUAUCACUUAAUGAAGUAUCUUCUUUAAGUUACAUAUUGCAUCACUUCUAGUGAUUUGUUUAACUUUCAAGUUACCUUUAUUUGAAAACAAGCGAUUGCAUUGUUAUUGACAUUUACCAUUUUGCUGCUAGUAUUAAAUGCUUUUGUCAUAAACGGAGAGAACCGUCUUAAUAGAGUGGGAGUUAAUUCAAAUUAAGUGCUUUGGAUUCGUAUGAGAAAGAAAACACCAUGUAAAGGGUUCAUACUGUUUUGCUAUGGUAAAUGGAGUGCUUGUUUAAAAACCGGGCGAAAUGAGAGCACGGAUGAGCGUUUAAUUUUGUACGCUAUCCAAAUACAACAAGUUGUAUUUAACAUAAUGUAAAACACUCUAUUUAAUAUCUGCAAUAAAAAGAUUAGAGGCU